UUUUCCUCCCCUGCAGAUCACGUUGAAUAUUAGCUUUGGAAAUUUACCAAAGAAUAGGCAGUCAACUGGAAGAUUUCAUGAAAUGAAAUGUUUAUGUUUUUUAACAGUGGCAUAUCUCUCCCCUCUUCCACAAACAUUUAUUUUUAGAUAUCAUUAAACCAGCAGAUGGGAUCUCCCUGAAGACCACUUUUAAUAAUGUCACUUUGUUUUUAAAUAUAAUAAAUAAUGCAACACUGAUAAGCUAAUUCAGCUAUCUGGCAAGUAGUGCAAGAAGCAGAAGCAGCCAAAAUGAAAAUCUUCCAGUUGACUGCUUGCUCCAGGAUGUGCUCCUCCUCUACCAUACCAGGGCUGCCCCCCUCCAUGGGCUCUGCUGACUGCCAAUGCUGGAGGGAGCCCAGGCUGCCCCACGUCCUGCUGCAACCUCCUCCUGCUCAGGCCCUGUCCAGAAGGACCGUGCUGCCUGAAUGGGCUCCUUGUCCCACGGGCCCUGGGCAUACACAGCUUAUAAGAGAUGCUUUGGAGUCAAACCUCUCUUCCCUGUCCAGAGAAAAUUUGCUCCCGCAAUUAGGUCUGAGCAGCUGCCCGGGGACAAGUGCCUGCCUCAUCGCGUCCCCUCUGAAUGGCCUCAUCCUGCUCAGGGACAGGGCUAGCCCCUGCUGGGGUGAGGGGCAUUGCAGGGACACUGCCUGGGAACAAGGCCUUUGGGGAGACUUGGCUGAGCCCCAUGUGGGAAUGGAAGGGGAGCUGGAGCCUUGCUGGGGAUGGGGCACUGGCACCCGCCACGUGGGGGUCAGCUCUGCAGGGAAGGACUGGGCCCAGGUGUCCAGGAGGGCAUGGUGCCCCCAGACAGUGGCAAGGCAUGGACCAGGGCAGGGCUUGUUCCCUUGUGCUGUCUGUCCUCCCUCGGGGGCCAUGGCUGGAGACUGGGACCAGUUUGGGGCCUGCAGUAACUUGGAGAUGGUCUGGGCUGGAGCUGUGCUCUUCGACCGCCCCCAGCAGCUCCUGCAAGCAGAGUCCUCAUCCCCUGGUGCCCAGCAUUCACCAGUGCUCCUCACGGCCAGUGCCUCCCAGUACCCUGAUCACCCUCUGGACCUCAAGUUCUCAGUCACCCGGCUGUCCCCAUUGCCCAUGCCCCCCAGCUGUCCUCCUACCUUCCCAGUGUCCCCUAAUGCCAGUGUCCCCAGUGCCUGAAGAAGAGGAGUCAGUCUCAGCGUGCCGUUCACUCAAGGGACUGCAGAGGGGUCAGAAACAACUCUGCUUAGAGUCCCUUAAUUUGAGGCUGCAUCAUCUCUGGGGGAGUCCUGGGGAGUAAGCCUGGCCUGGAAGGUGAGGGGCACUGGGAGACAGGGAGAUGUGGCUUUAGGGGCUGUUGGAGGAUGGUUUCUUGCUGGGGAACUCACUGCAGGGUGUCUGACCACCCCCUCGCCACCCCCUGAUGCCUGGAGCCGUCCCUGUGGAGCUGCCCUGUGCAGGAAGCUGGCCUGGUGCCACAGAAGGUGGCUGGGUGAGUGGCGGAGGUGUGGGUCAGUCUCUGCCAGUGGUGAGCUCACUGCCAGGGCUGGUGCAUGCCAAGCGUGGCUUUGCCCCUGGGCUCUCGGGGCGGGGUCAGUGGGGAGUCCUGCGAGAGAUAAAUCUUGCUCUUCACUUUCUCCAGCCUCAUCCGGGACUGCGUAGACCACGGAGGAAGAUGAAGAUCGCCCUGCUCAGCAUGGCCCUGCUCCUCGCCAUGCUAUGCCUCCCAGCAGAUGCUCUGUUCCUGAAAGACUCUGAGUUUGCGGCAAGUGGAGGCUUUGAUCUGGAACUGAAGUUUCUGCGAGGGAAGAGGGCUCUGCAGCCUGUGCCUGUCGAGGUGGUGGCAGCAGUGCGCAAGAAACGCCUGGCUGCAGAUCUCUAUGCCUAGGCCCACAGAUUGUGAUGAACCCCCAUCCUGUCCCCCCCCAGUUACAUGAAGAGACGGUCAUCCCUGGAUCGUGCUGCCAGAUCCUCUGGAUGAUAUGGCCCAUUUCCCCUCCGUCUGCAAUAAACACCUUCAGCAAAGCUA